UGUUAAUCCUGUAAAAAUGACUUUAUUUUCUUAACUGAUUAAAAAGGAAAGUAAGAGUGCAAGACGCAUAUAUUGAAACUGGGGAAGUAGAAACUAUUUAAGGCCUAAACCAUAUACUCUUUUUUCUCAUAUCUCAGUUCCAAGUCUUAAAACCAAGAGAACUUUUUUUUUGUUCCAAUGGCUACCAAUUUAUCAGACAACAGUGUUCUUCAUCUUAAUGAAGUGAUUGUAGCUAUGGUUCCAUGGCCAGAACACGGCCAUCUCAACUUACUCUUCUAUUUAGCUCGAAUCAUCGCUUCCCAGAACAUUCCUGUACACUUCCUCUGCCUUGCUGCUAGGAACCAAGAUUUGAAAAAACGCCUCCAAGGUGGUCUCCAAACCUCUGUUGAAAACCUUGGAAAUUCAAACAUCCAUUUCAAUGACCUCUUAGUACACUCUUCUCCUACAGAGACAAAAGAUGUUUUCUUGGAAAGACUAGGUGAGACUAUUUGCAAAACAUGUCAUGAACUAUCGACCAAUACGAAAAGAUUGAUCAUGAUUCAUGACUGUUUAAUGAUAAGUUACAUAGGUGAUCAUUUGCAUCUAAUGUCCAACUUCAAGUGUUAUGCUUUCCACCCCACUUCAGCUUUCACUAGGUACUCUUCACUCAGACAAACUAUUCAUAUAGUUGAUGAAGAUCACGACGAAAUGAUUCAGCAACUUGGUGAGGAGUUCCCAACUGUGGAGAGUACUUUUGGUCCAAAUAUGGCUGAGUAUGUGGGAAAGGAACUUAAAUGGAAGCACAACUCUGGAGAUAUCAUUAAUUCCUGCAGAGAAUUGGAAGGCAACUUUAUAGAUUCACUUGCUAAGGCAAAAGAGAAUACACCAUUGUGGGCUUUUGGUCCAUUUAACAUGCUGCCUGAAUCACUAGAUUCACUUUCUAUUUCUGGCAACAAAAAGACUAGCCAUAAAUGCCUGGAUUUUCUCGACAAGCAAGAUGUUAAUUCAGUAAUAUUCGUUUCGUUUGGAACAACCACUACAUUACCACAAGAGCAAGUGAAGGAGCUAGCGCUUGGUUUAGAACAAAGCAACCAUAAGUUUCUAUGGGUAAUAAGAGAAUCAGAUAGAAGGGUAGACAUGGAGAAUAGUGAAGAAAGACAUGAGAAAAUUGAACUGCCAGAAGGGUUUGAAGAAAGAGUGGAAGGAAGAGGAAUGGUUGUGAGAAGUUGGGCGCCCCAAUUGGAAAUCUUGGGGCAUCUGUCUACUGGCGGGUUUUUGAGCCAUUGUGGAUGGAAUUCUUCAAUGGAGAGCAUUAGUAUGGGAGUUCCAAUGGCAGCUAUGCCAAUGACUGUUGACCAGCCAUAUCACACUUUGUUGGUAACACACGUGUGGAAGAUUGGAGUCUCAGUGUGGAGUUGGGCUCGUAGGAAGGAAAUAGUACCAGCAACAGCGAUUGAAAAAGCUGUCAAGACUUUGAUGGGAACACCAGAAGGGGAAGAGAUGAGGCAGAGGGUGGUGGAGUUGAGAAACAAGAUCAAGCAGUCUGUUAGUCAUGGAGGACUUGCACACAAGGAGAUGGAAUCUUUCAUCUCUUAUAUUACCAACAACUAACUUCUAUCCCUCAGUUUGUAGUAUGUUGGAUUUGGCUUGUAUGAAUUCUCAUACUUUAUGAUGUUUUACUUUAGCGUCUGUUUUCGAAAUAAGACCUUUGCUUAAUCUUCUGAUCUUUGUAUUCAAAUUGAAAGAGGUGAUGUUUCCUUUGUCAUCUUGCUUUAGCG